AUGGCUGCCUCUACCGGAUCCACCAAGGUCGACGCCGUCGUCCAGAACAUCAAGGCUGAGACCCCCGAGAAGAAGUCUGGCCUCGCCCUCUACUCCCGAUUCGCCCUUGCCGGUGCUGUCUGCUGUUCCGUCACCCACGGUGGUCUCACCCCCGUCGAUGUCGUCAAGACCCGUAUCCAGCUCGACCCCGCUACCUACAACCGCGGUCUCAUUGGUGGUUUCCGCCAGGUUGUCCAGAAUGAGGGUGCUGGUGCUCUCCUCACUGGUGUCGGUCCUACCUUCGCCGGUUACUUCCUCCAGGGUGCUCUGAAGUUCGGUGGUUACGAGUUCUUCAAGCAGCAGUGGAUUGAUGCUCUCGGCUACGAGACCGCCUCCAAGAACCGAACUGCUGUCUACCUUGCCUCUUCCGCCACUGCUGAGUUCUUCGCCGAUAUCGCCCUCUGCCCCCUUGAGGCCACCCGUAUCCGUCUCGUCUCUGAGCCCACCUACGCCAGCGGUCUCGUCUCUGGUUUCGGCAAGAUUGUCAAGAACGAGGGUUUCGGUGCUCUCUACGCCGGUUUCGGACCCAUUCUCUUCAAGCAGAUCCCCUACACCAUGGCCAAGUUCGUCGUCUUCGAGAAGGUCUCUGAGGCUGUCUUCCGUGCUUUCCCUAAGAAGGACCUCUCCGACGGUAUGCAGACCGUUGCCAACCUUGGCUCUGGUCUGAUUGCUGGUUUCGCCGCCGCCAUUGUCUCUCAGCCUGCCGACACUAUGCUCUCCAAGAUCAACAAGACCCAGGGUCUUCCUGGUGAGGGAACUGUCUCUCGUCUCGUCAAGAUCGGUAAGGAGCUCGGUAUCCGUGGAUCCUACUCUGGUAUCGGUGCCCGUCUCUUCAUGGUCGGAACUCUCACUGCCGGACAAUUUGCAAUUUACGGCGACCUUAAGAAAGCCAUGGGAGCUACUGGUGGUGUAGAAAUCGCUGCUUAA